CUCGAAGCCUGGCGGCCGGCGCCACCACCGACAGCAACGAUUGCCCCAGCCUUCUGCGUGUGCGUAUCACGCAAACCACCUCCUAAUGACCCUGAUUCCCCCUGGUUUUUGAUCGGAUUGCAUUUCCCACGUUGACUUUCGAGUUUCGGGACAUCAUCCUCGUCGAUCACUGCUCCAAUACUUAUGUAGAGUCCCAUACAGAAGAAGCUCCUGAUUUCAACCGCGCUGAGCCAUGGCAUAGCUUGAUCGAGGGUAUGUAGCUUGCGGUGCUACAGAAAUAAGUACAAGUCUCCUUCCUUCAUCGAGAAGAGUCGAAACCAUCUUCAAAGACCAAGCCAGCCAACAUGCCUAUCUCUAGCUCAAUCCAGACAACUAUCAACAAUUCGAGGAAGAACGAGUCUUACUUUGAUUCGUUGAAUGAGCUCGUCAGGUAUUUUCAGUCUCGUCCGACUCCUGGCUUGGUCCCCUCUCCCACCCAUUCAUCCCUGCCGGACCAACAGGAAGACCAAUCAAGACCAGAAACUCAGAAACACCCUCAAUUGGUUGUUACCCACGACUUCAAGGGUGGUUAUUAUGAAAAUCCGUUUAAGAGAACAUACUCAUUCGAGUGGAUGAGCUCAGUUGAUAUAUUUGUCUACUUCUCUCAUCACAGAGUCUCAAUCCCGCCAAAACAAUGGAUCACGGCUGCAAAGACACACCAUACACGGAUUCUGGGCACAUUGAUAUUCGAAAAUGACUCGUUCGAGGACCUCCGAUUCUUACUCUCCGGUCCACAGCUCGACGGCUCCAGCCAAACCAAUCCUCCCACCAAGUAUUACACCAGCCUCAAGAACACGCCCAUCUCGACCUAUUUCGCAGACCGGCUGAUUGAUCUAGCCAUCCAUCACCAGUUUCAUGGUUGGCUGAUUAACAUCGAAAUAGAUGUACUCAAAUCACUCCGAAACCAUGCACUUGCCGGUCUAUUUGUUAAUGCAAUCAAGAUUUGGGUCGAGUAUCUGCGGAAACAGGGUCAGAUCAGAGUUGGCUCCGAUUGGGAAGUCUCUUGGUACGAUUCGGUCUCCUAUCACGAUGGAAGCUUGCGUUGGCAAUCUGCACUGCGACCACAGCACAAUCUUACAUUCUUCUCGGCAGCAUCCUCUAUAUUUCUGGAUUAUCACUGGAGCGCCCGUCAUCUCAGGGAUACCCAACUUCUCGUCGACCAAGUCUUUGAUCUUCACCGACCCCCGGAUUCAUAUCCUCGAGAAACUCUGGAAACGCUCGAUCUAUCAUUUCAACACUCCAUGGAUGUCAAGGUGGCGACCCACCAACUCAGAAGAUCGGUCUUGUAUGGUGUCGACGUAUUCGGCCGAGGUUGUCCAUAUGGUGGUGGAUUUUCGAGCUGGAAAGCCGCACUUGAUAUUCUGAACGCUAGCUUUUCGGUCGCUCUCUUUGCUCCUGGUUGGACCUGGGAAUCGGAUGUUCUUCAGCAAGAUCGUACGAAUUCGGAGGAGUCUGAUCCUCAAUGGUGGGAUCUCUGGUGGCGAGACGAGCGAUACUUUUGGAUCGGAUUGCUAGAGGACCCUGAUCCAAGUUCUAAUAAUGACCAAAAAGGAUCAAAUGAGAAGCUAGUCAGCCUGGAGCCACCGAACGCGUAUAUCGACUCACUUCGAAUUGCGAGAGAAACUAAACAGGAGGAACCGAAGAAAGGGGUUGGCUUUAGCGAGCUUCCCCAACACAAACCAUUGCUCGAGCUAUUCCCAGUUAGACACAAAAGACUUUCCACGUCGUUUUACACCAACUGGUCUCUAGGAAGCGGCCACGGAAUCUGGGUUUCGGGUGAACAUCACUUUGACCCUCUCCAUGGAAUCGGGGAUUGGACGGAUCUUGCCAUGAGCUUCCCAAAGCACGAUCUAUCGAUCAGGGGUGGAAGCGUUUGGAGCGUUUGUGAUGGUACGAUCGUUCAAACCGGUGUGGCUCGAUGUGAGCUGGUAGAAGAUGUCGGAUGGUCUGGCAGUGGAUGUGUUGAGAUCAAAGAGCAAGUCAAUGACCAAGCUCCGAGAGGCACCGCAAAGUAUCUAUGGAUGAACACCACGUCGGUCCGUUGUUCGAGUGAAAUGGAAUGUCGCUUGGUAUGGAAGCCGAUCGAUGCUCAAGGAGCAUCAACUACACCCCUAGGAGUGGUCUUUCAAGUGAAUGAUCCAUCCACUCAGAAGACGAAUAGUAGGAACGAUCCCACGAUUUCUGGCAAUUUUUCUGAUGCAUCUGCAAGGCCACCUGUGGUCACCUUGAGUCUGGUGCCAAGGUCGAAUUCUGCUCUGGAGGCUUCUAACAUGGAAACACGCGAAUUGGGAAAUGGAUGGUAUGAAUCCACUUGUCAACUUAAAAAUAGCUCAAGCUCGCCAUCUACCAUAGUCGAGCGCCUUGGGAUCACUACUACCCCUGGAUCUAGGUUUUCGCAUUAUGUUGGCGAAAUCAAUCUGACUCCAUCCUCUCACUCUGACCGGGUGAUUCAUCAGACGCAAACUCAACCACCAAACUCAUUGGAAGUGAUCUGGCAACCAGAUUCAACUCAACAGCCAAUCACGAUCGAUUGCCCAGCGGCCAAUAGUCAAAGUCGAUUCAUAAACAAGCCGGGAAAGAUCCUAUGGAAGUUUCCAACUUCGUCUGGCUCGAUGGAAACAAAUGAUAAUCACCAUGAAGAAGUCCUCGCCUGGUUGAUUUUCAUUGCAAACGAUGGUAGUUCUGAUUGCAACCUGAACAAAGACGAACAAAUGAACCACAGACUAAUCGGGGUCGUCAAGGGCUUCCAAGAAUUUGAUAUCAAUGGCUUCAAUGCUCCUCUCAUUGUCAACGACAGACCAUCCAAUGGCAAGGGUGUCGAAAUAUGGAAUGUCAUCAUCAAAGGAAUAGGGAUGCAUGGCAGAGUUGUUUGUAUUGGGUUUUGUUCCCUUGGUUGAAUUCUUCUUGAAAUUCCCACAGAAUCAUGCAUCCUAAAACAACUGCAUUGGAACCAACGCAGAUGUAGUGCGGAUUGUCUUUUUUUCCCUUUCUCUUCAACAUAUCAUUAUGUAGAUUUUUUUUUCCGAAGGGUUGGGUGAGUCAUUAUUCCUCCCAUUCUUUUGCCUCCUUUGUUGGACAAAGAGAAACGGGGGAAUAAUGAUACAAGCCUUGUUUUUUUGGUACUCAUUACGACUAAAAUAUUCUACUGCUACGCAAUUAUAAUAUGUGUAUAUAUAUACAUGCAAUGUUUUUUAAAUUGGUCACUUUGGGCUUAUCCACCAUGAUUCUUUGGAGGAAACAGUGCUUUCUACGACCAGAAUAAACUUUUGGGCAUCAAGGCUCACAGAGCAGAGCUUGGUGAACUGCUUCAAAAAGAU